UCCCCACAUGAUUCACAAAUAUUUUAUUGUCAGGAUAGACUUCAAGAAAGAACCAGAAUAUGUAUCUGUCAUUGGAAUUGAGCUUGCUUUUAGUAAGAGUUUGAGUUUUAAAUGUCUGUGGAUAAUAGGUGUGAUAUGUAAAAGGGUUGUAAUUGCCUUUAUAAUCUUGUGCUAGGAGUGAAGUUAGAUUAUAGUUUCUCUUUAUAGUUAUUUUUUUGUGAAGAGGCAUGCUGGUCGAGUGAAAGGACAGUGUCUGGGACAAUGCUUGUUCAGAAUUUUUUUCUAUCUCAGUUUAAAAGGAUUGAAUUUAAGUAUUCCUAUUCUGGAGAUACUGUUUUCCUUCAAAAUGGAGCAUCCAAAUGCAAAAACUUGCAUUUUUCUGUUAACUCUGGUCUCUUAGUUUGUUGCAAUGUUCCUAGAUUUCCUGUUUAUUUUUUUAAAUUUCUUUUCAGAAAAAUUUCAUUUUAAUUUUUGGUGGAGGCUGUCCAUUCAUUUUUUCUCAUUAUGUUCCUUUAGAGGAAAAGGAUAGUCCAAAGCCAACAGACUCCUUGCUGUUAGAACUGCUACAGCUCAUGUUUCACAGUUUUUAUUCUCUGUCAUCAUGGUAUUUUCUUCUCAAUUGGAAGUGCUUCUGAAGCUUUUUCGGGGCAAGUGGGAGAAAAACAGAAAAGCUAAGAAAACAAGGGUAGAGAAGUCUCAAAGACAUUCUUACAUUUGUUUCUUUUUCCUGCCCUUUUUGUAAAAAUAAAUAAAUACCAGUUUUGGAAACUGUGAAUGUGAGUCUGUUGAGAGGAAUGUGCUUUUUAGAAAUGCUGAUGGAGAUUCUAAACUAUUUUGAUGGAACUCUAAUAAAAGUCAUACUCAUGUCCAAAUGGGUAGCCUGAGUUGGGGGCUGGUGUCAUUGUGCUUCUCGUGGAUCCCCUUGGUGUUCACUCCUGGCAGCUCGGUGAUGAAGGUGUAAGACUCUGUUCAUCUUAAUUCAGCUGGCUAGUGCAGAGGUGGGGUCACAGUCAAAAUACAGAAUGCUGAAUUCAGUCUUCAUUUUGAAUGGAAAAAUCUGAACACAUGCAUUGUCCCACUGUAGUUAACACCACUACCCACUAUUCUCCCUAACUGCAUCCCCCCCACCCAUAAAAACCCCAAAACCAAUAAAACAACAACAAAAAAACUCCACUAAAAAUGAACAACAGAACCCUUCACAUUUUCUGAAUUAAUACUCUUUAGCACUUAAUAUUGCUCUACUAGUGAAAAAUGGAAUCUAUGCAUGGAGGUUUUGGUUAGCAUUGUGUACAAAACUUGGUAUGUAUUCCUGUCUGUUAACUGCCUGUGAAACUUACAUAAAGUCUAGGGGAAAAGUUCAUUUGAGGCUUAAAUUUCACAGCAUUCACGCAGCAUAAAUGGAAGUGAUAGCUUGACCUAUUUUCCAAUAAAGUUAACCUAUCUCUUUGGCUGUACAAUUAGUUUAUUGUUAGAUGAUGCUUUACUAAAUGUUUGAUGGAAAAUGCUGUUAUUUGCAGUAUUAUUUUGUAUUUAUUUCUCCUUUUUCUUGCUGGAGCCAAGCCCACAUAGUCCUGUAAAAUAUUAUAGACAGUAUAUGAAUUUUCAGAUUGCCUGCACUGUGCUUCUUAAGCCUCUUUUCUUGUAAGUUUAAAUUAGGUUAUUGGUGUGGUGAACCCCUAUGCGCUGGGAAGAAGAAUAAGGUGCUGCAUAAUGAUCUGUUUUUGACACUUCUUUUAAGAACAAACAAACAUAAGAUUACAGCACUGCAUUUUCCUGAAUCUCUGAAACCAGGAGUCAGUUAAACUCACAGUACAUUUCCUUGCUGUGGUUUUGAUGUGUUUCUGUGUGAAACUGACGGCAGGAUUUGUUCGAGUAUGUAGGCCACUAUUGUAUUAGAAUUACAUAACCGUGUUGAGUGGUGGAAACAGAUGAAAAGACGGGAUGUACGGCGUUCCCUCACAGAUUAUAUCCUGCAACAAUGAAGACAGCUCAAGCUCUGCAGAGAAUGUGGUCACAUGCUGUCAAAAAGUUGGGGAUUUUGAAAGGGCACAUGAAGUAUGAAGAAAUUGGCAAGGCCCCAGGCAUGGAAGAGCUGAUAUGGGAACAGUACACAGUGACCUUACAAAAGGAUUCAAAACGAGGAUUUGGGAUUGCAGUUUCUGGUGGCAGAGAUAACCCUCAUUUUGAAAAUGGUGAAACAUCAAUAGUGAUUUCGGAUGUUCUCCCAGGUGGUCCAGCAGAUGGAUUACUUCAAGAAAAUGACCGAGUGGUCAUAGUUAAUGGGACCCCGAUGGAAAAUGUUCUACAUUCUUUUGCAGUUCAGCAGCUUAGGAAAAGUGGAAAAGUGGCCACCAUUGUAGUGAAAAGACCAAGGAAAGUGCAAGCUGCUGCGCUGCAGAGAAGCCCCUCCCUUGACUAUGAGGACAGAGCUUUAGAUGUAAUGGAUGACCAUGCAGAAUUUGAUGGCAAAAGUGCUCGAAGUGGCUACAGUGAGAGAAGCUGGCACAGUGGAAACGGAGGGCGCAGCCAGAGCUGGGGAAACAACCUGGAUCAGAGCUAUAGAGAUGAGCAUGACCGAGGGCGUAACCGAAGCAGAGACUGUGACAGGGAAUGCGGCUACAGCCGCGAUCGAAGUCGUGGUAGGAGUGUUGACAGGAGCUUGGAUCGAGACUAUAGAAGGGAUCGGAGCCGGGGAAGGAGCAUCGACAGGGAUGCUGGCUAUGAACGGGACUACAGAGGAGACUACAGCCCACCCAGUUACAGUCACGGAUCUUUAUCUGAUCCGAGAUAUGGGAGGGAAAUGAGGAGUCGUAGUCGGGACAGGCUUCAUUCCCGCAGUCCUUCACCUGAAAUACACCGCCAGCACGAGUACCUAGGACCGCAGGAUCAGAAUGCACCCAUCAGUGUUCUCUUAACAAAAGGCAGACACAAUGAAGAGUAUGGACUCCGUCUUGGAAGUCAGAUCUUCAUAAAAGAAAUGACCCAUACUGGUCUAGCAACCAAAGAUGGCAACCUUCAUGAAGGAGAUAUCAUUCUCAAGAUCAAUGGUACAGUGACAGAGAAUAUGUCUCUAGCUGAUGCCCGAAAAUUGAUUGAGAAAUCACGUGGGAAACUCCAGCUGGUUGUUCUCAGGGACCGAAAGCAGACACUGCUCAACAUUCCUUCAUUGAAUGACAGUGACUCAGAAAUGGAUGAUAUUUCUGAAAUAGAGUCAAACAGAUCAUUCUCCCCUCAAGAUGACAGAUCACACCAUUCUGAUCUAGAUUCACAUUCGUCCAAUGAAAAACUGAAAGAGAAACCAAAUGCAAAAGAGGAUCCCUCCAGUAGGAUGUCCAGAAUGGGAGCAAUGCCUACUCCAUUCAAAUCAACUGGUGACAUUGCUGCUCCUGCUGUUACAGCUGUAGACUCAAACAAAGAAUUGAAGUACCAAGAUGACCCAGCAGUGCCUCAGCCAAAGGCAGUUACACGAACAAUUCUUAAACCCAGUCCAGAAGAUGAAGCAAUAUAUGGUCCUAAUACAAAAAUGGUGAGAUUCAAGAAGGGGGAUAGCGUGGGUCUGCGGCUGGCUGGUGGAAAUGAUGUAGGGAUAUUUAUUGCUGGAAUACAAGAAGGAACCUCAGCUGAUGAGGAGGGACUGCAGGAAGGAGAUCAGAUUCUUAAGGUAAACACUCAAGACUUCAGAGGCAUUGUUCGGGAAGAAGCUGUUUUGUAUCUCUUAGAAAUUCCCAAAGGUGAAACUGUGACAAUUUUGGCUCAAAGCAAAUAUGAAGUCUACAGAGACAUCAUGGCCUGUGGCAGAGGGGAUUCAUUCUUCAUCAGGAGCCACUUUGAGUGUGAAAAAGAGUCACCACAGAGCUUAGCAUUCACCAGAGGGGAGAUCUUUAGAGUAGUUGAUACACUGUAUGAUGGCAAACUGGGAAACUGGCUGGCUGUGAGAAUUGGAAAUGAACUGGAAAAGGGCCUCAUUCCAAAUAAGAGCAGAGCUGAACAGAUGGCCAGUGUUCAAAAUGCCCAAAAAGAUGGCUCAAGUGAUAGGGCAGAUUUCUGGAGAACACGUGGCCAGCGAUCUGGAGCAAAGAAGAAUUUGAGGAAAAGUCGUGAAGAUCUGACAGCUAUUGUAUCUGUGAGCACAAAAUUCCCAGCUUACGAGCGUGUUCAGUUGCGUGAAGCUGGUUUUAAGAGACCUGUGGUGAUAUUUGGCCCUAUUGCAGACGUUGCUAUGGAGAAGUUGUCAAAUGAUUUGCCUCACCUGUACCAGACAGCAAAGACAGAACCCAGAGAUGCAGGUUCGGAGAAAUCAACUGGAGUAGUGCGCUUGAACACUGUGAGGCAAAUCAUUGAGCAGGAUAAACAUGCUCUGUUGGAUGUCACUCCUAAAGCAGUUGACCUGCUAAAUUACACCCAGUGGUUUCCAAUUGUGGUCUUCUUUAACCCAGACAGUAAACAGGGUGUGAAGACCAUGAGACAAAGGCUAUGUCCUACAUCAAACAAGAGUUCGAGAAAACUUUAUGAGCAAGCAAACAAACUGAAGAAAACUUGUUCCCACCUCUUUACAGCAACCAUUAAUUUGAAUUCAGCCAAUGAUAGCUGGUAUGGUAGCCUGAAAGAUACAAUUCAACAACAACAAGGAGAAGCAGUAUGGGUAUCGGAAGGAAAGAUGGAUGGCAUGGAAGAUGACGCAGAUGAUCGUAUGUCUUACCUUACUGCCAUGGGCGCUGACUAUUUGAGCUGUGACAGUCGGCUGAUCAGUGACCUAGAGGACACAGAUGGAGAAGGUGGUGCAUACACUGACAAUGAACUUGAUGAGCCUUUGGAGGAAACAAGGAUUUCAUCUGUUAGCCGAUCCUCUGAACCUGUGCAUCAUGAGGAGAGUUUAAAAAAGUUUGCUCCAGAACCAAGAGCUCAGUUGAGAAAAGCUGGUAGCAGGGAGAUCCUUAGAGAGCCAAGUCCACCUCCAGCAUUCAAGCCUGAACCACCUAAGGGAAAGUUACAAAACAGAGAGGAUCCAUAUGACUUCCCCAAGAACUAUGACUCCAAGUUGGGUAAUGUUGCUGUUAGCAGUGAGACUUCAACUGUAUCAGCUAAAGCACCACCACCACCUGUUUCUGUGAAACCUGUUUUUGGGCGUCCCAUUCUGAGAAACUCUCAGCCAGCAGUCCUGCCUGCAGAGGAAGAGGAGGAGGCAAAGUUGGAAGAGGAAGGAAACGAACAAGAAAAUACUCCAAAAUCAGUACUGAGGAAAGUAAAAAUAUUUGAGGAGAUGGAUCACAAGGCAAGGAUGCAAAGAAUGCAAGAGCUACAAGAGGCUCAGAAUGCCAGGCUUGAAAUAGCCCAAAAGCAUCCGGAUAUUUAUGCUGUCCCUGUCAAAACACAGAAGUCAGAACAGAACUGGCCCCAGCCGAUGAGCUCCAGGCCUCCAGAACCCCAGAAGGCUCCUGUUAGACCUUACCUGGAGAACCGUGUCAGCUACGGCAGCGAUGCGGAGGAGGAGCAGUACCGCCGGCAGCUGGCAGACCACUCUAAGAAGGGCUAUUACGGACAGGCAUCCAGAUACAGAGACACAGAAUUGUAG